CAUGAUGUAGAUGAUCUUGUGUUCAAGGCAAGAGUCAAGUUUCAAGAAAAGGAAGAGGACUGAGGAUGAAUUAACCGAGAGCUCAGAUCCUGGAGGCCGGAACAGAACAGGACACAGGAGUGGGCAGUGAUGGCAGCGGGGGCGCUCUGGAUGAUGCUGGUGGUGGUGGGCUCUCUGUGCCCGCUGGUCUGGGGAGACCAGUCUUUCACGAUUGACUACAACAGGAACUGCUUCCUGAAGGACGGGAAGUGUUUCCGCUACAUCUCAGGCAGUAUCCACUAUUUCCGGAUCCCCUCCAGCUAUUGGAAAGAUCGACUAAUGAAAAUGUACAUGACCGGGCUCAACGCUGUUCAGAUAUACGUCCCCUGGAACUUCCACGAGCCGCAGCCCGGGGUGUAUAACUUCAGGGGGGAUCAUGAUUUGGAGCAUUUCCUGAACUUGACCAUGGAGCUGGGACUUCUGGUUAUCAUGAGACCAGGACCUUAUAUCUGUGCAGAAUGGGACAUGGGUGGGCUUCCAGCUUGGCUGCUGAAUAAGAAGAACAUAGCUCUGCGCGCCUCUGAUCCAGAUUAUUUGAAUGCUGUGGACUCCUGGCUUUCCGUCCUGCUCCCCAAGUUGCGUCCACGUCUAUACAACAAUGGAGGAAAUAUAAUAAGCGUCCAGGUAGAGAAUGAAUACGGAAGCUUCCAGGCCUGUGAUUACGGUUAUAUGCGCCACCUACAUGCCAUGUUUCGCCUGUACCUGGGAGAUGACGUGGUACUCUUCACCACAGAUGGUAACGCCGAUUACUUCCUGAGGUGUGGCACCUUACAGGAUCUCUACGCCACUGUCGACUUUGGUCCAGUGAACAAUGUAACCAAAGCCUUUGAAGCCAUGCGCAGAUAUCAACCCACAGGACCCCUGGUGAACUCUGAGUAUUACACCGGCUGGCUGGAUUACUGGGGGGAAAAGCAUGCUGUGAGCCCGGCGGACAGAGUGAGCCAGGGUCUGCAGGCCAUCUUGGAGAGCGGCGCCAGUGUGAAUAUGUAUAUGUUUGAGGGAGGCACCAACUUUGGUUAUUGGAACGGAGCUGAUUUUCCUAAAAUCUACAAGCCGAUCACAACAAGCUAUGAUUACGAUGCCCCUCUGACCGAGGCCGGGGACCCUACAGAUAAAUUAUUAGCAAUCCGUUCAGUAAUUAGUAAGUUCCAGCCAGUGCCACAAGGACCCAUUCCGCCACCCACUCAAAAAUUUGCAUACGGUUUAGUCAGUCUUAAUAAGGUUGGAGAUCUUGUGGAUCUAUUGGAUAUUCUGUCUCCCUCGAACCCCUUUGUGACUCAGUUCCCCAUCACCUUUGAGGAUGUCAAGCAGUAUUUUGGAUUCAUGCUGUACCGGACCCGUCUGACCGGGGAUGUCCCUGACCAGACUCCCCUUUCAUCAGUAGCAAAUGGAGUUCAUGAUCGUGGUUAUGUUUCAGUCGCUGGGACAUUUUAUGGCGUGUUGGAAAGGGACAGCCUGAAGAACGUCAAUGUGUCGGGGGCGGAAGGACAGUGGUUGGAUGUUUUAGUUGAAAAUAUGGGGAGGAUCAAUUAUGGCAGCAAUCUGAAUGACUUCAAGGGGUUAAUAAGUAACCUGACGCUGGGGUCCGACCUCCUGGAAAACUGGGUGGUUUAUCCUCUAAAUUUGGAUGGCCCGAUUUCCGUAGGAUGGCCUCACAUUAUGGCUGAUCAUAGACUGAAGAUGGCGCAGACUGAGGGUAGGAAGGGUCCAGCCAUCUACAGCGGAACCUUUAUAAUUACCGACAUCGGAGACACGUAUCUGAAACUGCCCAAAUGGACGAAGGGACAGGUGUGGAUAAAUGGCUUCAAUCUCGGACGGUACUGGCCCAUACGAGGGCCACAAGGAACCCUUUAUGUGCCAGGCACUAUUCUAAGCUCGUCGCAGAUCAACAACAUUACUGUACUGGAACUGGAGGGUGCACCAGACCAGCCUCUAGCCAUGUUCCUGGACAGGCCCAUUUUGAAUGGGACAUACAUGGAGAAAACGAGCGGCGGCCACGCGAAGCCAGAGCAGAGGCACUGGCGGAGACUCGUGUAAUGCGCUUAUGCGUUUCUCCUGCACAGUCAGGCUCACGCAUGAAUACGGACUGGCGAAACGAUGGCAUCAGUAAAGAACAGGUCCUACAGUAAAGCUGCUGCCAGCUCCACAGGGCGGAGACCCCAGAUGGUAGCUAUAUGUAAUAUUACUGUGAAUGUGAAUCACGCAACACAAUCCACUCUGCAGAUUUCUUCUGAACUGUAAUCAGUUGUCAGCGUAUAUAAAUUAAAGUGAGGUUCCACCGCUC